AAACCCAAAGUUAGUUUCAGGAUAGAGACCUAAAAAAAGUGUGUUUUCACCUCUUUCUUAUGCUUCUCUGAGACUUCUCUCCCUCCCUCUCUCCCUCCCUCCCUACCUCUCUCUCUCUCUCUCUCUCCCUCCCUCCCUACCUCUCUCUCUCUCUCUCUCUCUCUGUUAUAGGAUGGAGAGAGACCAUAGUGAUGAUGAUCACAAGUCCAGUCAUGGAAAAGAUGAUGCUCCUUUGUUUGCCUGGCCAUGGGAAUAUUUGGGCAGUUACAAGUAUUUGCUAUACGGGCCACUUGUCGCGGAAUUCAUCUAUUCAAUAUAUAGGGAGGAGAAACAGAGUAGGAGUUGGUGCAUGCAUAUAUUUAUCAUAAGCAUGUUAAGAAACAUCAUUCACCAGUUAUGGAGUUCUUAUGAUGGCAUGCUUUUUCUUAACCGUGAUCGUCGUCUAUCCCAAAGUGGUCUAGACUUUAAGCAAAUCGACAGUGAAUGGCAUUGGGAUAAUUUCAUAAUUCUUCAAGCAAUUGUUGGUUCAGUUUUGUGUUUGAGCUUUCCUUCUCUAGUCGCGCUUCCUAUUUGGGACAAUAGAGGAAUCAUCUGCUGCAUAAUUCUCCAUGUGGUGCUUGCGGAGCCAUUGUAUUAUUUGAUGCAUAGGUUUCUACAUUUACCGGAAUUGUUCAAGCACUACCAUUGGCUACACCAUAGCUCUAAAGUGCCUCAUCCCUUUACAGCCGGGCACUCAACAUUCUUGGAACAUCUGAUACUCUGUGUAAUCGUUGGAAUUCCAACUCUAGGAACUACUUUGCUUGGCUAUGGAUCGACAAGCAUGUUCUACGGCUAUAUUUUCAUUUUUGAUUUUCUCAGAUGCUUGGGACAUAGCAAUAUCGAGGUCAUUCCUCAUCAGAUAUUUGAUAUUUUGCCGCCUCUUAAAUAUCUCAUAUAUACACCAACAUAUCAUGGUUUACAUCAUAUCCACAAGAGCUCCAAUUUCUGUUUGUUUAUGCCACUUUUCGAUGUAUUAGGCAACACAAUCGAUGAGCGUUCCUGGAAUCUUCACAAAGAAACAAGUUCAAGAGCAGGCAGGAAAGGAAGAGUACCCGAUUUUGUAUUUCUGGCUCAUGGUGUUGAUGUUGUGUCAUCAUUGCAUGCUCCAUUUGUUUUCCGCUCAUUCAGUUCAAUGCCUUUCACUGCAAAGGUCUUCUUGCUUCCGAUGUGGCCCUUUUCUUUAAUCGUGAUACUUGCAAUGUGGGGCUUGUCCAAAACUUUCCCUGUCAGUUUCUACAAACUCAGAGGAAGUUUGUACCAGCUGUGGCUUGUGCCAAGGUUUGGUUUCCAGUACUUCCUACCUUUUGCUGCAGACGGAAUUAAUAAACACAUUGAAGAUGCCAUUCUUACAGCUGAUAGACUUGGUGUUAAAAUAAUUAGUCUUGCUGCAUUAAAUAAGAAUGAAGCUCUUAAUGGAGGUGGAGUACUCUUCGUCAACAAGCAUCCCCACCUUAAGGUCCGAGUGGUACAUGGGAACACCUUGACAGCAGCUGUAAUUCUCAAAGGAAUUCCUGAAGAAGUGGAAGAGGUCUUCUUGGCGGGUGCUACUUCUAAGCUUGGAAGGGCUAUUGCUAUCUAUCUAGCUCGUCGCAGGGUUAGAGUCCUGAUGCUGACUCAGUCUACGGAAAGGUUUGCAAAAAUUCAAAAGGAAGCCCCGAAGGACUGCCGGGACUUCCUGGUUCAAGUAACAAAGUAUCAAGCAGCUAAACACUGCAAGACAUGGAUUAUAGGUAAAUGGACUACUCCAAGGGAUCAACGUUGGGCCCCUCCAGGGACUCAUUUCCAUCAGUUUGUAGUUCCAACUAUCAUUCCCUUCCGGAGAGACUGCACUUAUGGUUCACUUGCAGCCAUGAAGCUUCCUGAUGAUGUAGAGGGCCUUGGUAUUUGUGAGUACACACUAGAAAGGGGGGCUGUCCAUGCUUGCCAUGCCGGAGGAGUUGUUCAUUUUCUAGAAGGUUGGAAGCACCACGAAGUUGGCGCUAUUGAUGUUGAUCAGAUUGAUGUUGUGUGGGAGGCUGCAAUGAGGCAUGGCAUGAAGCCCUGCUAAUACUUCACAUACUCUAUAGUUUCAAGCAUACAAUGUGUCAAACGUUACAUGUUUGAAAUCGGAUAAUUUAUUCUUCUUUCUUUCGGUGUUGGCCUGUUUACAACAUACAGAUGUUAGCAAACGUUACGCCUAUAUUUGUGAAUAAUUUAUGUAUCACAAAUAUAAAUACAUAUGAUUUAUAAAGAAUUAGAAGAAAUUUGGUGUUCCAA